UCACUUUUGUUGUUGUUUUAUAACAAAAAAAGUUGGAACUGAUUUUUGCUGCACGUAAUCUCUAGAAUUCGCACUCUUCUUUAGAUAAAUUGUGAUUUUAAUUAAAUCGAUUCCAUUUGUACAGAAAAUUACUUUUAAAAUUCGUCAAUUAAUCGGUGAAAAAUGUCCGGCUAAGUGCAAUAUUUCGCGUAAAAAGAUUGUCAUUAUUUGAAGUGCAACAAAACAAACAAUGAAAGUUAUGUGAUUUUUAUACAAUUAUUACUCUACGAUGAGCAAAUGGAAUAAAAAAAGCAAGAGCAAGACAAUUAUCAAACAAAUUGAAAACUUAAAAGGAAGUCCGUAGCAUACUCCGAAAAUGGACUCUGCCGAAGAUAUUCUCUUCCGCUGGGAGGAUGAUUUUGCGGAAGAUUUUGAUUUCGUUGACAUUCAAGUGGAAUCGGUGCAAGCGAUUUUAUUCACCGAACUGGAAUGCAGCACCAUUAUGUCCUAUACGAAACGACGGGAGCGGGUCAAGAGAAUGUUCAACAUUUUGGUGGAGGGCCGGAAGAAUUUGAACAUUUUCAUCGAUGUUUUGUCCGAAAAAUAUGAUUGGCUGGCUGAGAAGCUGAAACGAGAGGAUAAGUCCGCCGAAAUGGAAUUGUUUAGGAAGCAAGUUGACGCUUUGCGGAAUGAAUUGCCGAAACAUUUGGAUUUGAAUGUAAAACGCACAAAACAUCUGUAUGAACUGGAGCAAAAAUUGCUAGACUUGUUACCCCGUGAACAUUUGGUGGUACAUGGAAAUCUGGGAUAUGGAAAGCGCUACUUAGUCCUUGAUGCAUGCUGUAAUUAUGCUGUAAUGAAGCGCAUGGAUUUUAAUAUAUUUUGGCUGAACGUCGGUAAAUGUAAGACGCCCGAGACAGUAUUCGCUAAACUUCAAAGACUUCUGAAUAUGCUCCCAAGGAGCCCAGCCAGUCUAAGUUUUGAUAACUUCGAUGAUGCCGUCAGCAAAAAGUUCAAACUCAAAAAGUAUCUUCGUGAAACAUUGAGUGAAAAUUAUAAGAAUUGCCUAUUGGUUUUGCUCGAUGUUCCGAACCAAAUGGCUCUGAAAUCGUUCGAUCUGCAAUGUAAAAUAUUGAUGACGACCCGUAACAAAGAGCUGUUGGAUAUGUUGCCAACCAGAACCACCAAAACUGUUCAAUUGUCUCAAGGUUUUGAGGCUGACGAGAGUCUCGGACUAUUUGCCAAAGUUCUGGGAAUUCAAUACAAAGAAUUGCCUUCCGAAGCAGCGGAAAUUCAUCGACUAUGCAAAGGUAAUCCGUUUCUAAUCUCAUUGAUUGCUGGUAAUAUGAAAGAGUAUGCGAACACUCCAAAUCGCUGGCUGAAAUGGAAGAGUAUUUUGCAGAAUACCGGUCACACCGACACCGAAUACCAUAAGCUAAUUAAACAAUCGCUGACCGAACUCUGCGAUGAAGAUUACGAACGCUUUCGAAGUUUGGUUAUAUUCAACAGUGAUGUGAGCGUACCGGCAUCGCUUCUUCAGCUGUACUGGGGAAAGAGUGAACGUGAAGUUGAAGACAUUAUCAAGAAGUUCGACAAACUCUAUUUUGUGGAAAAAGGCCUGAUAAAGAACGAGACAUUAGCCUGCUCGUUGCAAUACCACUACUAUUCGUUUUUGAAGAAUGAGGUGCCGAUAGCGGAAAAGAAGAAAAUGCAUCUUGAACUGGUUACGUGCUACAAAGUGCUUGAUGCACUUGAUAAGCGCACCGAACCAAACAUAAUUGUUAUGCCGGACGAUGGGUACUUUUUCUUCUACAUCGGCUACCACAUGAAAGAAGCCGAGCGUUUCGAGUUGUUUCCGAAAAUAUUUCUCGAUUUCGGUUUUCUCGAACAGAAGCUCCGUGCAACUGGUCUGCCCAACACCAUUGGCGAUUUGAAGCUAUAUCGCCAGUUGAUCACCAAUAACAUACCGAAAAACGAGAGUUUCCUUGACGAGUUGCUUCAUUUUUUGAAAAGUUCCGAGGAAGUGAUCUGCAAGUCAGCCGAUACAUGCAUGUUACAGUAUGCUUUGACAGCAGGUGGCGUACUGCAAGAAGAGGCCAUGAAGCAGGCACGACAAUUUACGGAUCGAGUCUGGUUCCGGGGCAAUGAUCAUCUGUCCAAGCACCGUCAAAUUGUCAAACUUCCGAAGAAACCGUACUUGAUGAAAUUCUUCGGUCCGGAUGCAUUGCUGGUCGCACUCGACAAUCACACCAUUCUCUUAACCGAUUUAUCAUUGUCCUACACCGUUGAGCCGACGCAGUACAAUGGCCAUACGGCGAAAAUUAUCGACAUUCAAAUAUUUCUGCGUGACUAUUUCAUAUCAUUGGACGAGAAAGGAGUGUGCAAGGUGUGGUCACUGAAAAAUACACCCAACGAACGACGCCGAUCGGAUGGUAAUGGUGCUCGUGUUGGUGCUAGUCAAAAUCAAUAUGAGAAUUUGGGAUUGACCAACAUUAACCGCGGAUCGUAUUGUCAGACUAUCCCUUCUACCGAGAAAAUCGUUUGCUUGUAUCUGAUACACCGUGAUAUGCUGAAUGAAAUUGGCCUGUACGUUGCGCAUGAAAGUGGUCGAGUUAGCAUGUACGACUGGAAUCCAACGACACAUUUCAGCAAAACGCUCAUCGACUUCGACACGAACAUGCAGCAAAUUAAGACCAUGAUCUGCACAUUUCCCUACUUCAUUGUACUGAACCAGAAAGGAAGCAUUUCGUUCUUCAACUUGAAAUAUUCAUCGAAACUUGAACCAACGGUUAGUUUGCAAAAAUAUCCACACCCGUUGAAUGUGUACGACUCGAAGAUUAACGACCCGGCCAACAAAUACGUAAUCGUUGUGUACCAUGACAAAAUAAUGCAGAUCAAAUACACCAAAUAUGCCAAAUAUGGCAACCGGUUGUACACUGAAUUCACCGAAUUGUAUUCAACAGUCGAAGAUCAAAAUACCAUUUCAUGCAGCGCUGUGUCGGACGACCUAAAGUAUCUGAUAUUGGGAACGUACAAAGGUAUCAUUGUAUUCGAUCCGAUACGGAAGACAGAAGAAUUGCGUAGCAGCGUCAGUGACAGUAUUACCAGCCUGGACAUAUGUGGCCUCGAUAACGACAUCUACAAAUACAUUUUGAUUAGUGGGUCCACUUGCGACGCGCCGGUUGUAAAUAUUUCCGGACUUAAUUUCGAGAGAGAGAUCAUGCAAUGGGCAUCGGACCGAAUGGGUUCGCCCAUCAACGAAAGCAAUCUGUGCAGUCAACAACGAUUGAAUACGUGGCUGGUGGGUGGAAAAUGGUUUUAUGUGAACGAUAUGGAUGCGGACAGAAUCGAGUUGAUGGCUGUCGAUUCGCGGGGAGAAAUUCACAAGCGAACGAGUUUCUCCAAUUUUAUGCAGUCCGAGUUUGUUUUUGUGGCGCAGGACAGUCCAAUAACGGUGAUGUCGGCAAUCGAUCACAAGUAUUACUUCGGUUAUGCGCACGGUUUCGUCUUCGAAUACGAGAAUCCUCAGCCGUUUAUUACGCUGGCUUCAUCCGUCGAAUAUCUUAAAUGUUUUACACCGAGCCUAGUAGUAGCAGCAACGAAAACUAAUUUUAAGAUUCGCAAUGGCCAGGAGGAAUUGGAGCGACCCAGUAGGUUGAUAGUCAAAAGUUUCGUAACGAAUGGCCAUUUAAUUCUUGUCAAAGACGAUUGUUCAUUUGAAAUGUACAAUAUUGAGCACAAUGAAAUUGUCAGCACUUGUGACACAUGUACUGAAAUUUACGGUGGCUGUGAUUUUGCUGUAGAUUGUUUAAUAAUUGGGACCAAAACUCCGUUACUUCAUAUUUGGCGAAUAGGCUCCAAUCCCUUCGAAGCGAUAAAACACAAAGAACUGUUCAUCAAUACCAAAUCACCUAUCACAUGCAUUAAACUGAACCAGGGACGAGAAUACUUCGCCAUUGGCUGUGAAUCUGGUUCCAUUGAUUUGUACAGUUUCAAGGGUUUCAAAUACCUGAACACAUUACAAUCCAAUAAAAACACGUCGAUCAACGACAUGGUUUUCUCCCCAUGGUCAUCUGCGUCCACAUUACCCACCAUUCUAGCCACCAUAUCCGAACAGAUUUGUUUCUGGAAUAUUUCCUACAUCAUAAACAAUCCCAUCGAGAAUGGUGCACUGAGGCGCAGUCAACGAUUCGAUCGCAAAGCGUCCGUCCGUUCGAUAACGGAAAAAAUGCAGGAAUUGAAGCCGAUAAACGGAAAUGGAUAUGUGCAAUCGAAUCCGUGGGCUGGUAAAUUGGGACCGACAGAGAAGCCGGAACUGUUAUCCAGUAUUCAGUUGAUCGGUACGUCGGCGGAACAGAUUUUCGUCGAUGAAAAAUUCACGAAAUUCGUGACCAUUGAUGACGAAGGUGAGGUCUAUUAUUUACAAAUUUUUAGUGAUAUUGGCAUUGAUAGCAACGGCAACAUUUGACACAUGUUGAGCAGUCUGAAUCGGCGCUCAAAUAUGUUCGUAAUGAUUGUUUGCUAUCUACUUAUGUACAUUUUCCUUUUGUACAUUUAGUGUAAAUGGUGGUCGGUUAGUUUGAAUUUUAGGUGGAAAAUUUUACAUUUUAAAAAUGUAGUUAAAUUGUACCCAUUUUUAUACUUAGUUUAAGUAUAUAUAACAGUAAAGUUAAGAGGAACGGCCAUUUUCUGGUUGUGUUUAAAGACAUUUUGUGCGUAGUUUUUUUAAUUAAUUUUUUUUAUUAAUCAAAAUCAUGAGAUAUUUUAUCAAAGCAAAAAAAUAAUUAUUUUUUAA